AUGAUCCAUUCAAACGAUUCUUCUGUAAAUGAAGAUUAUUGGUAUUCAAAUGUAACAUGUCGAACUGAGAGUGGAGACAGUUAUCCAUGUGAAGAAAUAUAUUUUGAAAAAAAUACUCAAAUUCCUCUUCGAUUCACUAGCGUUGGACGUAAAGGAUGGAAUGUUAGACAAUUCACAACAUAUUAUAAAGUUAUAUCAGUAGGAAAACCAGAUGAUAAAUUAUUUGAUUCAAUACCAAAAAAUUGGUCUAUCGCUUGUCGAGAUGUUAUGCUUGGACUUUUAUAUUAUCCACAAACAUCAAAAAUAAAUUUAAAUCAAAGUACAGAAGUUCAAGUUUGGCUUAGAACUCCGCCACAUCGAAUUAAUGGAAAUGAUACUGUUCGUAUUCAAUGGCAAGCAAUAGAAUGUAACGAUUGUUUUACAUGGACACCUAAACAACUUUAUUUUAAUAGUGAAAACUUUACCGAAAGACAAACAUUAACAAUAACUCGUGUUAAAAAUGGUCUCAAAACAAAACUUAUUCCGACUUUUUAUGGUGGAGGUUUUGAUUUUGUUAUACCGGAUCUUUAUCCUAUUAUUAUUGAAUAA